AUGAAGUACUCGCUCGUCCUUGUCGCGCUGGUCGUCAUUGCCACGGGCAACGUCUCGGCUCUCCCUGCCCACGCUACCAAGGCGACCUCCACCUCGCAAGUUGACGACCCCUAUUUUCCUAAGGAACACGCGGUGACAGCAUCACGAUGCCCCCACAUCACGCAACAAUUCGAUUCGAAGCCGACGUAAAUACUUCGGCUCUGGACUAGAAGGGCUUCACUACUUAGUUGGAUCUUCACUAACUUCUCCACAUCGCAUCGGUUUCAGUUCCAGCCUUGUGAAUUGUCAACAUGAUAAAUGCACCGCGUGCAAGUGAGUGACGACUCCUGACCGAAAGCGACGCACUCGAUCUUCAAGAAGUCGGGCUGGCAGUUGCCAGGUGCCCGAAGCCGCCAUGAUAGCUGACUCUGUGCGCAUGGAUACGACAGGCGUGGAGCAGUCGGGACUUGUGUAGAACAGUGCGCCUCAUGGAAGGCAUAUCAGGCUUCGCACCCCGGGGCCAAAACUUGUUGA